UCAGCGAAGUUGGGGGGGAGAAAAAAAAUCUUAAGAGGAGUCUGUCUACCCGAGCACGGGUAGGGCCAGGGCGGCCUCUGCGGAGGAGGACAGGCUGGUAGCUUCUCCCUCCUCGGGGUGUCAGCUUUGAUUAGCGCCCGGGGGCGGGGGAGGGGGGAUCGGCGGACGCGGACAGCCUCUGACCCUCGGAGCUGGUAUGAGAUAAGCAGCCCUGGCGGUGCCAUGUACUGGAAAAGCGAUCAGAGGUUUGUGUGUAAACUAGAAGAAAAGGACGUGCCGGAGCUGGCAGCUCCCCCCGAGAAGGUGAGCCCCGAGGGAGCGGGGGACGAGGACUCGUGCUCCUCCUCGGCCCCGCUGUCCCCGUCGUCCUCGCCCCGGUCCAUGGCCUCGGGCUCCGUCUGUCCCCCUGGCAAGUGUGUGUGCAACAGCUGCGGCCUGGAGAUCGUGGACAAGUACCUUCUCAAGGUGAAUGACCUGUGCUGGCAUGUUCGGUGUCUCUCCUGCAGUGUCUGCAGAACCUCCUUAGGAAGGCAUACCAGUUGUUAUAUUAAAGACAAGGACAUUUUCUGCAAACUUGAUUAUUUCAGAAGGUAUGGAACUCGCUGCUCUCGCUGUGGGAGGCACAUCCAUUCUACUGACUGGGUCCGGAGGGCCAAGGGCAAUGUCUAUCACUUGGCGUGCUUUGCCUGCUUUUCUUGCAAAAGGCAACUUUCCACGGGAGAGGAGUUUGCUUUGGUGGAAGAGAAAGUCCUGUGCAGAGUGCAUUAUGACUGCAUGCUGGAUAAUUUAAAAAGAGAAGUGGAAAAUGGCAACGGGAUUAGUGUGGAAGGUGCCCUCCUCACAGAGCAAGAUGUUAAUCAUCCAAAACCAGCAAAAAGGGCUCGGACCAGCUUUACGGCAGAUCAGCUCCAGGUGAUGCAGGCACAGUUUGCUCAGGACAACAACCCAGAUGCCCAGACCCUCCAGAAACUGGCAGAAAGGACAGGCUUGAGCAGACGGGUGAUACAGGUGUGGUUUCAGAAUUGUAGAGCACGCCACAAGAAACAUGUCAGUCCCAACCACUCCUCCUCUGCCCCAGUCACAUCUGUCCCACCCUCCAGGCUGUCUCCGCCCAUGUUAGAAGAAAUGGCGUAUUCUGCCUACGUGCCCCAAGACGGGACGAUGUUAACUGCGCUGCAUAGUUAUAUGGAUGCUCAUUCACCAACAACUCUUGGACUCCAGCCCUUGUUACCCCAUUCAAUGACACAACUGCCAAUAAGUCAUACCUAAUUUCUUUUUCAGGGAUAGAAAUGAUUAAGGAUAUAAACUUGUCAUUUAUUAUGUAUAAAAUACCAUUGAAAAGAUUAAUGUUAAUUUUUUAUUUAACACCUAAAGCAUUUCCAACAUCACUUUGCUGCCCAGGUAUGUAUCUACAGUUGGCCUGCAAGACACUUUUAUUGAUUUUUUUUCUUUUUCUUUUUUUUUUUUUUGUAAAACUUAUGUUUACAAGAAGAAAACAAGUCAAAACUUUUUUUUGUAUUGUCUGGAAAUAGUUCACUCUAGUGUGUAUCUGUUAAUUUAUUUGUCAUCAAAAGAGCACUUUGCCUAAAAGAAAGGACUGACAAGUGUGCAAAAUGUUUACAAUUCUUUGUGAAAUUGUAGUUUAUCAUUAGUUUGUAUCUGUAAGUUAUUGUUAUAAAUAUUACCUGUAUUUUUUUUGGUACAUACAACUUUAUACUUUGAGGCUUGUAUCUGUGAAUUUGCAACUGAAAUUUCCUUUGCCACCAUUUUCAGAAUGAACUGAAUAAAGCUUCUGUUGUAGCAUGCCACGCAGACACGUUCUUGUGUUUGUGGUUGAUGAAUUACGGCUGUAAAUAACAGUAUGGUUUAAUAAGCCCACCAUUCUAAGUUUAUUAAAUAUUUUCCAUUAUUGUGAAAGUU